AUGGUGAACACAAGUUUCGAAACACUUGCUCUAGACAUGCAAAUAGAGAUUCUGGCACGAUUGCCUCUGAAAUACUUAAUGAGAUGCAUGUGCGUCUCAAAGAAAUGGGCAUCUUUAAUACGUGGGGAAGACUUCAGAAGUGCUUACUUGCUCCGAUCAAUGGCAAGGCCUCGACUGUUGUUCGUCGCUAGUCGUAGCCGCAAAUUCACACGCGAAACCUGCUUUCACUCUGUUUAUCAAGAACCACCAUUGUUGUUGUCUGGUAAACGGCAGAUGCUUACCGAUAAUCACAUAGCACCAGUUUUCACGGUUUCUAAUCCCAUUCUUGGUUUGCUCUGUCAUCAAGGAUAUAAUAAUGAGAUUGUGAUUUGCAAUCCCGGUCUGAAAAAGUUUCGGAAUUUACCGCAAAUCCAAGUGCCUGAAGGAGCAUCCGUGAGAAGUUUUUUCGGAUACGAUAAAGUUGACAAAGUAUUCAAGGUGUUAUGUGUAUGUGUACCACAGACACAGUUCGGAGCUGGUUGGACAUCAAAAGAACCUAAGAAAUAUCAGGUCUACACGGUGAGAUCGGAUCAUGAAAAACCUUCCUUUUGGAGACCGAUCAUUUGUAAUGAUGAUCAUUCAGUAGUUACUGAUGAAGGACUAUUUAAUGGAGGUUUCUUGUACUAUGGAGCUCGGUCGAGUUGCAACAAACCUAUGGUAAUGAGGUUCAACGUGAGUUCUGAAGCGUUUGCUGUCAUUAAAUUGCCUGAGGAAGUCGACAUUGAUUAUCAUUGGAGAUUGGUGAACUACAAAGGGAAAGUUGCCUUAGUGAACACCUUUGACUCUAAAUUUAAAUUCAAUGGAGUUUUUGAAAUAUGGGUUAGGAACGAGGUUGAUAGAAAGUGGGACAAGGACAUCAUUAAGAUUCCUCAAUGGACAGAAUCUGUUGAUAAUUAUAAUGUUUAUUUCAAAGGUACCACUGGAACAAAAGAACUUGUUUUCGCACCACCCAAUUGGUUCGGGGAACCACUCUUUGUCUUGUAUUACGAUAAAGCCACAACUAACCUCAGAAGAUUUGAUAUUGAAGGAAUGGAUGAUCAACAUUAUUCUUUUCAUACCUUCUUGGAUCAUGUUGAUAGCACUUGGCUUAUGUGA